GACUCCAGGAAAAUAUCACAGGAUAUUUCAUUGAGUUAAUAGUUGCUAUUGGCAUUUUUUGAUGUUGCAAAUUCACCAUAGCUUUACACUUCUCUGGACAACUUGUUGAUGUUAUUUAUUUGCCAGUGAAUGACACACUGCAGGUGGUGACUUGUGAGGCAACUGUGAGAUGUACUGCUGAAUAUUUGAUGUAAUUCUCAAAGGAUAUAAUCAAUCAAUCAGCAGUGUUUUUGCCUUGGUCGAGAGGGAGAUUGACUGAGAGGAAAAAUCAUUAAGAAAGCUACCUCAAAUACCAGCUAUUUACAGUCUUAAACCAGAAAGAGGAAAAGAGAUGGCACAGACAGAAGGAGGAAAAGAGCAGGGGCGUGUCAAGACCGGGGACCAGCUUGGGGCCAAAACUGCUGCUGGAGCCCCGAUAGCAGGCGGAGGAGUGGUGGUGGAGGUCAGGGAGAAAAAGGGACCUCUGCGGGCUGCAAUUCCCACAAUGCCUUUCCCUCUGGCUGUCAUCUGUCUGUUUCUGAACACCUUCAUACCUGGACUCGGUACCUUCAUCUCAGCGUUCACGGUGCUGUGUGGAGCUCGCAGCGAGCUGAUCUCAGAGCGAGGUGUUUGUUGUGUGUUCUGGCUCAACGUGGCAGCAGCCCUCAUCCAGAUACUGACAGCUGUUAUCAUGGUUGGAUGGAUCAUGAGCAUCUUCUGGGGAAUGGACAUGGUCAUCCUGGCAAUUUCUGAUGGCUACAGAGACCAAGGUCUUCCUCAGGACGUCUAAGAGAUGUCCCUCUCCUGUUUGAUGGAUCACAUGGACAGUUUGACCUCUUCAACCUCCCCGAUGCCCAAUGGUGACCUUUAGCUUUGUGACGACCUGUAGCCGCCUGUCUUUCGAACGCCGGCCCACAGAAAGAAGCACUAAUGGGAAAAUAAA